AGGAUUUUGAGAAGAAUGCCCAGAACAACAUAGCAACCAUUCCAGUGGUUGGCUCCCACAACUACAACAGAAACUUCCACAACUUCCACCAAGGCAUGGAACAUGAUCGCCACUUCAACCGUGGGAGGUACUUUCCACCCAGAGGGCAAGGGAAAGGCCGUGGCUGGGGCCGUGGCAGAGGCAGGGGAAGGGGAUACAGGGGCCAUAAUGAGGAUUUUUCACAGCCUCCUCCAGUCAAACCAAGUGGGGCACAACUGGUGCUUCCACAAGACAAAUACUCAAAAAAUGAACCACCUGAACAGCCGAAGACCAAGGAAAAGAUGAGUGCCCGAUGGCGGCGGAUACAGGGAUCGGAUAGUGAGAGUGACAGUGAGGAUAGUGAAUCUGACAGCAGUGACAGUAGUAGUGAUAGCUCAGGUAGUUCUAGUGGCAGUAGUACUGGUAGUUCAAGUGGUUCUGACUCAGACAGUGAGCCUAGUUCAGUGGACAAGCGGAAAUCAAGCAAAGAUAUUAAGCGUGAAGGUGGUCCUGGGGAGAGAAAGGGAGGUCCUUCAGCUCCAGUUAAUAGCAGACAGAGACAGGUUUCAGGCAAACCUAUGUCGGGCAAGUCCUCACCACCACCACCUGGUUCAUCACGGAAUCUUCCUUCCCCGCAGAAGAUGAAUGUCCCAGGUAGAAGAGGCUCAGCUAGUCCUUCUAAUAAGUAUCCUUCUUCGUCUCACCAUAUGUCACCGCAUCAUUUACAGAGAAGGGGAUCCAGAAGUCCCCCCAGUCAUCGACCCUGGACCCCCCCAAGCAGCAGGGGCCGUAGUCCCUUUCACAAACAGAAAGGCAGAACUCCAUCACCAAGGUCCAAAAGCAUGAGAAGUCCCCCACCCAGAGAUGAUACAAGAGUCUUGUCCCCUAGGUUAAGAUCCAAGAGCCCUUCUGGACGUAGGCAUUCGAGAAGCCCUCCAUCCUGGAGCAGGACACGUAGUCCUCCACAUGCUGGUACUUCAAAGAGUCCAAUUCAUCGUUUAAGAAGUCCCUUUUCCAGGAGAAGUUCUAGAAGUCCACUUCCAAGGCAUCUUUCAAGAAGUCCUCAGAGAAUACCAAAAAGUCCACUGCAGCGUGGGAGAUCCAGAAGCCCAAUGCUGAGAGGGAGAUCUAGAAGUCCUGGGCCUCAUAGAAUAUCAAGGAGUCCAAUAAGAAGGGGCUCAAGAAGUCCUCUAACGAGGAGGGGUUCGAGGAGUCCUUUGCCUAGGAGAGGGUCAAGAAGUCCAUUGCUAAGGAGGAGCUCAAGGAGUCCUUUACCAAGAAGAAGUCCACUGCCUAGAAGAGGUUCGAGAAGUCCAGUGCCAAGAAGACUGUCAAGAAGUCCACUAAGUCAUAGGGCCACAAGGAGCCCACCUCCUAGAAGAGGAUCUAGGAGUCCUCUUCCUCUCAAAACUUCAAGGAGUCCACUUCCUAGGAGACUCUCAAGAAGCCCUCCUCCGCGGCGAAUUUCAAGAAGCCCUCCACCUCGUAGAAGCUCUAGAAGUCCUCUUCCUCCUCACUUUUCUAGAACUUCUUUGAGUCGCCGAUUAUCCCGAAGUCCACACAAACAGCGUAUGUCACGGAGCCCUCUUCCUCGAAGGCUUUCACACUCUCCACCACCAAGAAGGUUAUCUCGCAGUCCACUUCCACGUAGAAUUUCUAGAACUCCUCCAAGACGUGUGUCACGAAGUCCUCCACCUAGACGCUUUUCAAGGAGUCCAGUUCACAGAGGUUCAAGGACUCCACAACGUAGGAUUUCACGGAGCCCGAUUCACCCACAAGGUCCUCUUUCUAGGAGUCCUAGAAGAGGUUCCAGAAGUCCUCAUUUAUUAGGAAGAGGCAAAAAUGUGUCUCCCCAUCGAGGCACGAGAAGUCCUUCUCCCAGGAGACUCCAAAGAAUGUCUCCUUCCCAUAGGACUCACAGUCCUGGUCCACACAGAGUGCACAGAUAUUCCAGGAGUCCGAAUAGGAAAUACACUUCUCAAUCUCCUCCAUAUAAAGGAGCUCCAAGCCCCUCCAGGAGAGGUUUGCCAUUAAUGAGAACUCAUAGCAGGUCGCCAAGUCCUGGAGUAAAGGGGGAUUGGAGGCUUACUGGAAGAAGGUCAAGAAGCCCAGGUUCAUAUAGAGUACCUCACAGUCCAUAUCACAGGAAUGCAGGAAGUUCAUCACCUCAUGAUAGGAUGAGUAACUUAGCCUCACCUGUAAGGAAUAGACCACCUCCAGGGGGACCUGAUGCUGGACCGGCAAGAGGCCCCUACCAUAGACAGAAUUACCCGGAUAGAUUCCCUGGACAGGGAUUGCCUUUAUCAGAAAGGUCAGGAGAAAUCUCACCACAGUACAGUAGUUAUCCCAUGGAAAGACCAGUACAACCUCCAUUAAAUGGUCAGCAGCACUUCAUGAACUAUCGUGAGCUUGGUCCUCCUCCUCAAGCAGGUCCCUCUUGGCCACAUUCUGAUAGGCGAGACCAACUUCCACCUCAGAGACUACUGCCAGAAAGUGGUUGGAAUGACCAAUACCAACAGCGAGAUCAUCUUCCAUUUGCAUCACACCCUGACCAUGAGUUUCCUGCAAGCCGGGGACAUCUUGAGAUGAUACACGGUCGACCAGCAGCUGGAAUGAUGGGGCCACAUGGGCGAGGGCAUGGAUCACCUCCGCCACACCACUUAAGACCAGUCUCCCCUCAGUCUCAUCUUGGCCGACCACCACAUUUACCUGAUCAUCACGGAAGGUAUGGCCAUGACUUACCCCCAAUGGAUCUGAAUGAACGCAGGAGGCAAAUGUCACCAGGUCGGCAAGGUCACAGGCCAAGAUCACGUUCCAAAUCUCCUUUCUCAGGCAGACCUUAUCCUUAUCCCCCAGGUGAGAGAAGUGGGCCUUUAUCACCAAGAGGACGAAUGCCUCCCAUGGCUCAAAACAGACGAGGCCCAAGAACUCCACCAUUGCCAUCUUCUAGAAAAAUGUCUCCACGGCCAGGACCUCGAGAGGUAGUGAAAUCUCCUAGAGGUGCACAAACUGGUUGGUCACAGGACAAUAAAGGGCCAGCUCAGGGUAGAAGAACCAGUCCAUCUCAGUCCUAUCCACAUGAACGGGGCCCUUAUCAUCGUGGUGGCACAGGCCCAUCAUCUGGGAGAAGAAAUACCACAGGAAGCAGUCCUCCACCAGGUGCAAGAGAUCAACCUAGAGGUCAGGAUGAUGAACACAAACCACAGUAUCAUGGAAGAAAUCAUUCACCAUCUUAUCAGAAUGAUAAGCAGUCUGAAAAUGUUAGAGAGAGGAUUGGUGCAGAGUCAGAUGACAAAAAGCGUAGAUUAGACUCUCCAAGAAGAUCAGAGAACAGACAGAAAUCUCCUUACAGAAACCGAUCUCCAGGGCGAUCACAUCCUUUAAGGAGUAGCAGUCAGUCUGGACGUGGGAAAGGACGUGGAGCCAAAGGAGGUAGACAUGCCAGUCCAGUUUCAGACCGUAACCGCAGGCAAGUUGGACGCAAGCGUGAUAAUCUACCAAGUAAACAACGUUCAAGAAGCCCCUCAGGACGUCAGAAGGCACCAGGUUCAUCCUGGGACAAGAGAGAAGCCAAGAGCUCUGAAAGUUUUGGCAAAGAGGGGGUUGCAUCAGCUCGAAAUCAGUCACCAGAGAGACAUGGUCGAAAUGGAAGUCCUUGGUUGGAGCCAGUGACACCUGAGAAGCAAAGUCAUGGAACACGAGAGCAUUCCUUGACCCCUGGAGAAAAUGCCAGUGAAGACCAGGAAAGGAAAGACCAAUCUGCAAAAGCAAAGGCUGCAGAAGAAGACAAAGAAAAGCAUCCAGUAGACCAGAAGAACCAUCAGACUGAGCCAUCUAACAAGAAACAUGAAUCUUUGACAAGGGUUGAAGGUAAACCAUCAGUUGAACAAGAAAAAUUAGAAGCUCGCCGAAAGAAAUUUGAACAGAGUAAACCUGUUGUCCCUCAGGAGCCACGCAAGAUCUUACUAAAAUCCUCAGAGUCAGUGAAAACUACUGCCUUGGAAAAUGCUGAUAAGGAGAAAAAAGAUGAAAAGCAGAAAGACGAACAUGACGACAAGAAGAAGAAAAAGAAAAAGAAGAAGACAAAGGAAGAGGAUGACGAUGAUGACGAUGAUGAUGAUGAUGAUGAUGCAUCAGUGAAAAAUAAAUCGAGCAAAAAGAAAAAAAGGAAAAGAAAGAAAAAGAAGAAGAGUAAGAAAAAGAAGAAGAAGCAUAAACAUUCAGAUAAUGAUACUGAGGAAGAGGAGGAGAAAGAUACAAGUAAAACCAGGAAUGUAAAAGAAGGGAAAAAGGAAGACAUUGACUCUUCAGACCUACGGCACAUGCUGAAGAGGAAAAUAGAGAGUACUGAGAGUGGGAGAGGCAACAGCAGCAGUGGCAAACAGGACAUGGAUGAAAAAGAUGAGAAACGUGCAAGGAGAGACAAGCAUGAAGACAGACCGAGGGUUUUGGUGAGGACCAAGAGCAGGCAGUCAGAGAGUACCAGGAAGAAGCAUGAUGGAAAGCCUCUUCUUGUGACAGUAGCAUCUGGUGAAAAUCGCCAUGUCAUGUCUGGCGAUGUUGUAAACAAACGAGAUGAAGGGAAAGGCUCUCAGCGCUUGUCAGUCCACCUCCGUCUAGGCCCAGCAAAGACAUCUUGGGAAGAGGGCAAGUCAGGCAGCGUCCAGGGCAGUGGGAGCAGUGGCGGAGGUGGUGGAGCUAGUGGUGGAGGUGGAGGUGGCGGUGGUGGAGGAGGCAGCGGCGGAGGGAGACACAAAAGACGCGACAAAUCCAAAGGACGGCAGAGUGGAGGAGGAGGUGCAAGCAACAGAGUGAAGCUGAGGCGUUGAUGUGCUCUUUCAGCCUGGAUGCAGGUAACACAAACAUCUCAUUGCUGCUGCUGCUGCACUCACCCGUCUUGAAGUGUGGAGAGCUCAGUGAAUUUGUCUGUGAUACCAGGUUUUACUGUGAGGGUCUCAUUAUUUU